GGGAGGGAGAGCAGUCAAACUGCAUUGUGAAUGGGCAAGGAAAGAGAGAGGGAGGGACUGAAGCGAUUAUCAAAAGGCAGGGAGGAUUAAAUGAGAGAGAGAGAGAGAGAGAGACAGAGAGAGAAAGCAAGAGAGAGAAAGCGAGAGAGAGAGAGAGAGAGAGAGAAAGCAAGAGAGAGAAAGCGAGAGAGAGAGAGAGAGAGAGAGAGAGAGAGAGCUGCAUUGUGUGGAGCCUUGGGAAACGACCAGAAGCUGCUAUAGUCCCUCCGCUCAACACAGAGCAGCCACACAGAGACGGAGUCACAACCCUCCCUCACACUUCUCUCUCUGGAUACCAUAGGAACCUGUCCUAUAGCUGAUUUUCCACUGGAUACUACAGCCAACCGGAGCAGAGAAAAACACUGGAUACUACAGCCAACCGGAGCAGAGGAAAACACUGGAUACUAGUUAAGAACUUUCUUCCUUUUAUUUGGAAUCCGGUGUGUUACAUGAAGCCCUGAUGAUGAACUUGAUAAUAAAUGAAGUGCAUCGCAUCGCAGCCACCAAGUACACAGCUUUUCUUUUCUAAGAGCCCUGUGUGUGAUCAGAGAAGACGACGUGAAGGAGAGAAAUUCUGGAGGUUUUGGUCCGAGGUUGCAGAAGUACACAUCUUCUUUUCUAUACAAUACUGAGCUCCUGGGGAGUGCACUCAUCAUCCGCCAGUUGAAGGGAGAGAGGAGAUUGUAUUGACCGCGAAGAGAGAGAGAGAGAGAGAGAGAGAGAGAGAGAGAGAGAGAGAGAGAGAGAGAGAAAACUGGCUGUAUGAUUGCGUUAAGCGAGCUAGACAGAAUGUUGACUUAUUUCAAACCCCUCCCUUGCUCACUCGCUGCUCGCACUGUCUGUCGCAGACAGCUCGUUUAGUGACCUAUAACUCUUCUGCCUGGAUAAAAGGACAUUUCAAUUACAACUGUGAGAAAAAGGUGGUCGGGGUUCGUGACAAGAGGCAGUGGGACUACGGAUUCCCCACACAAGGUUUUUUUUUUUUCUGGGUAGGCUAAGAUUAACGGUAUCGGACAAUUGGUGAUUGUUUAAAGCGCCUCUCCUUUAGCUCACAAGGACCGGAGACAGCAAGAGAAAAGUACAACAGUCCAUCUCCGUGGACAGUAGGCAUAACAAAUGGACAAUACAGCAUUCUUGUUCUAAACAUUGUUUGUUCUUCUUCAGGACAUUACAGAGAGAAAAGCUUCCAAUAGGACUCUAGCAGCUUCUCCACGUGUUAUUAAACCUCCGGACCAGCGCCCAGUUUUAAAUGGGCUACUCUGAUGAGCCCUGCCACAACAACAGUUCCAGUACUAACCAAUAUAAUAAGACAUUUAAUGGACUUUCAGGAGGGAUCCUUGUAUUCCCUUCAUCUCUCAGUCACAUGAAAUUAAUGUUUGUUGGGCUUCCCAAACCCAACCUGGGCAGGGACAGAGACUUUUACAGCUAUUGAACUAGUUCAACUGCCUUCCAUUUGCUAAUUAUUUUCUCCUCCAGUCUUUUCUACUGCCCUGCAGUGGAGGGGCAGGCCGUUAUGGCAGCUUUCACUCUCUCUGCUGCUACGUUACAGCUGUAGCUCGUAUAUCCCCCAAACCGCCACCACUCCAAGAUCCUGUUGAGACAGACAGUACACCAACCCUCAACUCCACUCCUGUUGAGAGACAGAGAGGGAGACAAAGACUGUGCACCUACCAAACUCUUAUUGAGGAAGAGAGACUGUGGACCAACCAAAACAGAGAGACUGUGCACCAACCAGGAGCCCCACGGACGGACAUAAAAAUUCCUGGUGUCACUUUGGCCACUCUCUCGUCCCCUUGUAGUGUCCCGUCAGCACAAUGCUCAGGUCUCAGGGUGUGGCUGUAACAGCCCCUCUGGUGCUGAACUCUCUCCUCCUAGUGCUCCUGCUGCAGCAAGCCGGGGUCAGGGCUGAGACAGGGGUCGCGGCUGAGGCCGAGGUGGGGGCUAGUGAGUCUGGGGUCGGGGCCAGUAGAUGUCCCAAGGGCUGCCUGUGUUGCUCCGACAUCCUCAGCUGUGCCGACAAGGGUAUGAAGGCACUGCCCUCCGAGCUGCCUGCGUACACCACCACCCUGGACCUCAAUCACAACCGGCUGAAGGAGCUGAAGAAGGGAAGCUUUGCCGCACUGCCCCGUCUGGAGUCUCUCCGCCUGGCUCAUAACUGCCUGAAAUUCCUUGAGCCCGGCACCUUCUGGAACAGCAGUGCGCUACGACAACUGGACCUGUCGUCCAAUCAGCUGGAAAAGGUAGAGGCGCACUACUUCCUGGAGCUGACAGGAUUGGAGGAGCUGCUGCUCUUCAACAACCGCAUCAUCCGCGUGGAGAGCAAGGCCCUGGCGGCGCUCGGCAACCUACGCAAGGUCUACAUCAGCCACAACCGCCUCACGGACUUCCCCUUCUCCAUCCAGGAGGACAGCCACCCCUUCUUGGCCACCAUGGACCUGUCCUCCAACAGCAUGUCCAAACUCCCCCUGGUGGACAUCGAGACCCUGCCGGCGGCCUUGCAGAGCGGACUUUUCCUCCACAACAACACCCUGAUCUGCGAGUGCGAAAUGUACAACAUGUUCCGGCGCUGGGAGCAGAAGGGGUUCCCCUCGGUCAGUGACUUCCGGGAGGAGCACACCUGCCUGGUGUAUGGGGAACACAAAGCCUCCGUUAAGUUUUUCCACCACAGACGCUUCUUUGAAGUGAACUUGAAGUGCAGUACGGCAGUGGCUGGAGCUCUAUGGGAGCCUGAGGGAAGCCUGCUGGUGUACGAAGGAGCUGCCGUGGUUCUGGACUGUCACACCAUGCUCAAAGGAAAGCACCUAACCUACUUGUGGGUUUCGCCUCACCAUGGGGCAGGGGCCCCGCCGGAGAACAACGGCUCUCUCCGCAUGCACGCCAACGGCAGUCUGGAGAUUGUGUCGGCGCAGGUCGAGGACUCCGGCGUGUACUGGUGCAAGGUUUUCGACGGGACUAAGAGGAACGAGUCAUGGGAGGUGAACGUGACGGUGUUGAUGCGACACGAUGAAACCGAGCCCUUCAACACGGGGUUUACGACCCUCAUAGGGUGUGUGACGACCCUCGUUCUGGUCCUCAUGUACCUUUACCUGACCCCCUGCCACUGCUGGUGCCACAAGCAGCCCCCUCUGCCGGGUACCCCCAGCCCGGCCAAUGACCAGUACAGUGCCCAGUCCUCAAUCCUGACCCCCACCCCGCCCGCCACCACAGAGGGCCCAGGCCGCAAGGUCAGUAACAACAAGCAUGUGGUGUUUUUGGAACCCAUCAAAGAAGUGCAGAACGGCCGGCUAAGGGCGGCUACAGGUGCGCUGUCCCCAGUCUCGGUUUCAGGCCACUCCAUCACCUCAGUCUUCUCAGACUCACCCAUCGUGCCAUAGCAGCAGGCAGACAGCCAUCUCCUACUGUAUCUUCCCUCUACCCAACACCUGCCUCCUCUGCCCCACCCCACCCCACUCGCAGAGAGAGUGGGUUGGGUUACCCACCAGGCAGGCCAGAGAGUUAGACACUGCCUGUCAGAGUAGGAUAGAUGGACACAGACAGAUAGAUGGCAUUGCCACCCAGGGGUGAGGCAGAAGACACCACGAGAGGGAGAUUGAGAGACAGAAAUAGAGAGAGGAAGAGAUAGGCAGGGAGAUGGAGAGGAAGACAGUGAAAGAGCAGAGAAAUGAACAUCCAGCGCAAACUCAACUGGCUCAGCCAGGUUUGACUGGACUGCCUUUCUGAGGAGUAAAUCUGCAAGGAGCCUGCAUGUUGAGUGAGAAACAGUGCUACUGGGCUAGGGCUGCAACAUUGUUAACUUUCUCAAAAAAUUCCCCUGAUUUCCCAGAAAUCCUGGUUACGAGGAUUUUUUUUCCCUUCUCCAACCAGGAUUUCUGGAAAACCAGGGAACUUUGAGAAAGUUAACAGAAUAUUGCAACACAACACUGGGUGUAUAUCUAGAACUAUAUCGAAACAAAGCAGGAUAGAGCUGUCCAUGUUAGCACGGCUUGAACCCUUUAAUAAACCAGAGCUAGUGUAUGGAUGCCUUGUCUAAGAACAUUUGAACAAAAUCAG